AUGAUUGAGGAGCUGCUGCACUUCCGCUUUUCGGACGGAGACGUGAAGCGUCAUCUCGAGACCGCCGACACGAAGACCAAAAAGACUCUGGCCUGGCAAUUAUUUGCCAGUGUGCUGUCAGAUUCUCUGGGCAUGGUACUCAACCACGAGCAGGUAGGCCUAAACUCUCACGCGAAAGAAAAGCGUGAGAUGCAGAAGACCGGAAACAACCCACGCGCUACUGAAAUGGACGAAGGCUUGUGGGCGAUUCUGAAUGACACAUUUGGGGGUUGUGUAGGUAUUAGUGGCGAGAUGCUGUUAGACUCGACUGUACCUGAAGAAGAUAAUGAGGACGCCGAUUCGUCUUCUGCGAAAGACGACACUACGUCCUAA